CAUAAAAAAAAAUCAGUUGUGUUCUUUUUUUAAGUCAUAGUGUCAUCUAAUUUUGUUCAUUUAACGAGUUAAUGUUUAAAGAGUUAAUAAACUUUUAACAUAAAAUAUCCACUUCAGGAUGCAGUAAAUUUGUAUCAAUAAUACUACUAAGUUCUGUUGAAGUCUAUAAUUUUGUCAGAAAAUCUAACAGAUGACCAGAUUCAAAGUAACGACAGAAUUUAUUUCGAGAUGAAAACAAAUAUGAAGGUAAUGAUGUACAGAUGAAAAUAAUUCCCAAAGAAAUGAACUUCAACUUUUUUCCUUUCUAAAAUAAUAAUAAUAAUAAAGUAUGUUCAGAAAAUAGACGAUGGACUCUUCUAUAGCAGCAAAUGAAGCAGAAUUUGUUGAUGAUUCCUGUGCUAAAGCAUCUGAUAAUGGCAUAAAUGUCCAAGCUGAAGAAACAUCCGUUUGCUUGAGGCUUUUCAUAUGUAAUAUAUGUGAUAAAGUAUUUUCUCGGAGAGCUAAAUUCAAUCUACAUUCUCGAAUUCAUAAGAAAGUGAAUCGCUAUUCUUGCGAAAUAUGCAAAAAAGGAUUUUGUGACAGAAGCCACUUUAAUCAGCAUUAUCAAACUCAUACGAAUGAAAAACCUUAUUCUUGUGAAUUAUGUGGAAAACAGUUUUCUCAAAAAGGUCAUUUAAAUUGCCAUUCUCAACUUCAUAAAAGUGAAAAACCCUUUUCUUGUGACAUAUGUGGUAAAAGAUUUUCUCUGAAACGUUAUGUGGAUAGUCAUUAUCGCAUUCACACGAAGGAAAAGCCUUUCGCUUGUGAUAUCUGCAGUCAACAAUUUUCUCAUAAAUCCGAUUUAAAUAGACAUCUACGUAUUCACACGAAGGAAAGGCCUUUUGCUUGCGAUAUCUGCAGUAAACAAUUUUCGCAUAAAUUUGCUUUAAAUAGACAUCUACGUAUUCACACGAAGGAACGACCUUUCGCUUGUGAUAUCUGCGAUAAACAAUUUUCUGAUAAAUCUGAUUUAAAUAGACAUUUACGUAUUCACACGAAGGAAACGCCUUUCGCUUGUGAUAUCUGCAAUAAACAAUUUUCUGAUAAAUCUGAUUUGAAUAGACAUCUGCGUAUGAACACGAAGGAAGGGCCUUUUGCCUGUGAAAUCUGCAGUAAACAAUUUCCUCAUGAAUCUGAUUUAAAUAGACAUCUACGUAUUCGCACAAAGGAAAGGUCUUUCGCUUGUGAUAUCUGCAGUAAACAAUAUUUUUAUAAAUCUAAUUUAACUAGACAUAAACUUAGUCACUCGAGAGAAAAAACUUUAUUCUAGCAUUAUAUGCAAUAAAACUUUUUAUGUGAUAAUUGAUUUAAAUAAAAACAUACGUAUUCAUUCAAAUAAAAAAGCUUUACUCUUCUGUUGUUAGCAGUGCAGAAAUUUCCCGGAAACAUUUCAAAGAUCAUUAUCGAGUUCAGAUAAACGAAAAAUUGUAUUCUUCUUAUGUAGAUAACAAAGAGUUUUCUCAGAAAUAUUUAAAAGAUCUUAAUCAAACUCAAACAAAUGAGCAACCUUAUUCAUCUGAUGUAAAUAAUGAAGAAUUUUUUGAGAAACAUUUAAAGGAUACAAUACGACUCUUGUGUUAUACGUAAUAAGAUAUUUCACUUCAAAACUAGUUUAAAUGUGCACUAUCGAAUUCAUACAAAUGAAAAACCUUAUUCUUGUGAUGUAUGCGGUAAAAGUUCUUCUCAAAAAGCAUGUUUCAAUUCCCAUUAUCAACUUCAUAAAAAAGAAAAGCCUCUUUCGUGCAAUGUAUAUGAGAAAUUUUUUUUCUCUGAAACGUUAUUUCAUUAUCUAUUGUCAGUCUCACAUAAAGGAAAAAUGCAUUUCUUGUGAAGUAUGUAAUAAACAGUUUUCUCGUAAAUAUGAUUUAAAUAGACAUUUACAUUCGCGCGCACAUGUGAAACACUUUUUCCUUGUGCUCUACGUCAUAAACUAUCUUGUCUGAAUAGCGAUUAAAACAAGCAUUUUCAUACUCAUAACAGCGAAGAAUUUCUUUCUUGAAAGAUACAGUAAAAAUUUAUAUAGGAAUAUUAUUAAGGAAAAAAAAAAGCUUUUUUUUUUAUUCAUACAGAAGAAAAGCCUUAUUACAUAUUUAAUAAAACAUUUUUUUAGAAAUGUUAUUUGAGAGUUUAAUAAUUAUACACACAAAUUCCAUAAAAAUAUCACCUUAUUUUUGUGAUGUAUGCAAAGAACAACUCACUGAUGCUGUUCGUUCUCGCAUUCGGAGAAACUCCCGUUUGCGUACCGAUAUGAAAAGUGCUUAAGAAAUGCUUAAAUUUGAAAACCAUUUUUAAGCACCUUAAAAGUGUUUGGUUUUGAAAAAGAUGUCCUUAAAAAGGGCUUAAUUUUCUUGAAGUGUAAAGGCAGCAUUUUAUUCAUUUUGUUUUCCCACACGUUGAAUUCGAUAAUUUGAAAGCAUAGUGGUAAUGCCUUGUUUAUCAGACGUAUCAAGAAAGAAAACCAAGAAAAGAGAAGAAUUCGGACAAGGAAUCCAGGGCAAAAUAGAUCCAGGGGUGCCAACACAUAUUUGAUGAGUUUUGUUCAAUUUUGAAGCAAUGCCAUACAUUGUCUCGUGCUGGCCUUAAAAAAAACGCUUCAACUAACAAUUUUUAUUCUCAUUUUGCUUCUAACUAUAGAAUUGGCUCUUUUUUAACUUUACGAAUUUGUUUCUUUAUUUAUACAAACUAGAGGUUGUUAAAGCAUUUUCAUUUCUUCUUAAAAUAUAUAAUCACAUUUUUAUCCAAUUUUUUAAAAGUUAUAAUAAGAAUUUUAUAUACAUAUGUCAGUUAAAAAGCAAGUUUUUAUUAAAUUUUUGAAAUGCAAAAACAUUCGACAAAAGGUCUUUACUAAACUUCAGAGGUAAGAAGCGGUGAAAAUUUUUUAUAGCCUGACCAUUUCUGAACGCUGCUACUCUUUUAUAAUAAAUAAAAAAAAAAAAAGGAUUUAAGAAAUUCAUUUAGAACACAGCAUUCUACUGUCAUCAAUUUCAUCUCAGUUUUGCCAGUCUUAUGAUGGUAGCCAUUCCGAAAUGUUUGGCUUUACAAGAGUGCCACUAAAAUUUCUAAACAGAGCAAGUUAGUACAGGAGGAAAUUUUCAUUUUCCAUCGAACCUUAUUUGUUGUUACAUAUAUACAUAACAUAUUUGAACUAAAAGUGUCUUGUAUAUAAAAGUGUUUUUAUUGUUGUUGUUGUUGCAUGGUGAUUAUAUGUAGAAACAGUAUUGUAUUGUAAGGAUGUCGAAUUCAAGUAAUAGCAUAGAUCGGAUAAAUAAAAUCUAAGAUUAUGUGGACGAAGGGGAAAAAAAUCAGUUAAUUUUUUAGAAACAUAGGUUCUCUCUAUAUAGGUUCAUACUCACAGUUCAUAGGUAACAUAGGUUCUAACUCUAUGAAAAUAUUUGCAAAAUGCAUGCAUCUCAACUUCAUUGGAUUUUGCUUUAAAAUCUGAACGGUCCUCCAUUUGAAUAUGGUUAGGAGGAACCGUGGUGGCCUGGUGGUAAGAUCUCGGCUUCGUAAUCGGAAGGUUUCAGGCUCGAAACCCGAUUCCACCGAAGAAAUGCCAUUUAAGUGGUUCUGGUGCAUUAUAAAUCCGUCGGGGCCCCUCCUGCUGGUGUAGUGUGGAAAUUUGGAUAGGGUUGCCAGUUCAGGCGUCGUCCUCGUCAUCUGACCAUGGUUCGAGAUUCGUCCCAAAAUAGCUUUAGUGUUGCUUUAAAAUGGGACGUUAAUAUAACUGAUCUGAAUUGUUUUCUAUCUAUGGCGAAAACAAAGAAAAAAUUUCCCUCCAAGAAUUUAAAAUCUUCAAACUGUAUUUCAAAAUCAGUUUUAAAACUUAUACAUUUCCCUUAUUUUUUUAAAAUACUUUGCAGUUUAAAUUUGAAUUCUUCAUUUUGUAUCUUGGAAAAUAAACAUACUAUAUAUCUGCGAUCGUGUUCGAUAUUCUGAAUGCCAUACAAUAUCGUGAAAAUAUAGAGCUACUGCUGUGCAUUUUGUGCUGAUAGAGCAUGCUAAAUUCUCCAUUUUUCAAAGAACAAGCUUACAUUGCAAUACUUUAACUUGACGACACAUCCUUGGAAUUAUUUUUUUUUAUCAUAAUGGGUUUAAAUUUAAAUCGAAUAAGUGUUUUGUUAUAUCAGCCGAAUCGGAUUAAAGCUUGCAGUUAUUUUGUAUCUCUUAUAGCUCUUAUAUUGCUGUCUGGUUAUUAAAAUCUGACCUUGUCUUCGUUCAAUAUGCAUAUAUGUAUUUUUAGUAUAUAUAUGUACAUAUAUUAGAAAAAUUUCAAAUUAAACUAUGAAUUGUUAUUAAAUGUUUUGUCAUAUUCUCUCAUGUUUGCUGAACUGCAAAUAUAUCCGUUGCAUUAAUUCAUAAUGUGUUAAAUAAAUUUGACCAUAAUACAUUUUUCCGUUAGAGGAAAUCUGCUUUAUAGGGUCAUCUGUGCUUCACUUGAUAAAUAUUUCCGUCUUGGAAAAUGAAUGAUAUUCCUUUCUUUCCCAUGAAGCUGCCUUUCAAUAUAAAAGGGGAUGUUGUAGUUGUUUGUUUUACUAAAAUAAUCCUGCAAUUAUUUGCUUCUUCAUUUGCAGAAUAAAUUUUCAGAAAUUCUACUUUUGCAUCUUCUGUAUACCAUACUUAAAAUUUAGGCAUUUACAUUUACUGAAGUGAUUUAAUUAAUUUUGUGAUAAAUAAUUGAUAAAAAGCAUUUGUUUUAAAGAUGACCCGAUCUUAUUGCAAAGAUUUCCCUUUAGUACCAAACUUUUCUCCUGAUCUAUUUGCCAAGACUUCCUUUUAUCCCAAACUUUUUUCCUGAUCCAUUUACAAAUACUACUUUUAAUCCCAAACUUUUCUCCCGAUCCAUUUGGAAUGAUGAAUGUUUGUGUAUCUUUCUAGUCCGUCAUUGAUAUCUGUUUUUAUGACUUUAUAUUUUAAAUAUUUCUAUAUGUCAGUAUUAUGGUCUUUGUUAGCAGUAAUAACAGUUUGUAGAAAUAAUGCUGAUUAUGACUUCACACUCCAUGUAUGUGUAUUAAUGUAUAAAGAAUUCGUUAUGCAUGCGAAUGAGAAUUAUUCUGGAAGCCAAAUAGAUGAAUAAAUAAUUUAACGAUUCAUGUUAUAUAUUAUUAUUUUACUUAUACCGAAGCAAUCAGGCCAAAGAAAUUUCGCAACAUUUAUUUAUUCUUCUAGUAAGUGUUAUAAUUUGUAGAUAUUAAGAAAAACCCAU